GUAAAGAUGUACAGAACUACAAGGUCCCCAAUGAUGCAGCCGCUGGUCAACUCAGGAAUGGGCAUGGCUCCUUUCUUCAAGGUGACUGUGUUCGAGCAGGAGCAUUUCCAGGGCAAGUGUCUGGAGUUCACCUCUGAGUGCUGCAACAUUCAGGAUUGCGGACUGGACAACAUCCGCUCCAUCAGGGUGGAGAGCGGAGCCUGGGUGGGUUUUGAGCACCAUGACUUCCAGGGCCAGCAGUUCAUCCUGGAGAGAGGAGAGUACCCCCACUGGGACGCUUACAGCGGCUCCCUCUCCUACCAUGUGGAGCGCCUCAUGUCUCUGCGCCCCAUCUACUGCGCCUCCCACCAGAGCAGUCGCAUGGUCAUCUUUGAGAAGGAGAACUUCAUGGCCCGCAGUGUGGAGAUCUGUGACGACUACCCCUCUCUGCAGGCCAUGGGCUGGAUGAAGCCUGAGGUUGGCUCCAUGCACGUGCAGUGCGGCGCCUUUGUGUGCUACCAGCACCCUGGAUACAGGGGCCAGCAGUACAUCAUGGAGUGUGAGAGACACAGUGGAGACUACCAGCACUGGAGGAACUGGGGCUCCCACUGUCAGACCCCCCAGAUCCAGUCUAUCAGGCGCAUCCAGCACUGAGAGAAAGACAGGCUGAGACUGAGACAGCAGCUCCCCUCGACCCCCCCCCCCCCCCCUACCUUCACCCAUAACCCCUUCCUCCCUUUCUUUCUUCCUCUCUUCAAUCUUUACUUUGCUCUCGACUUGAGCCGCAACAGCCGCCCCAACACCACUACUGAUUUAAAUCCCCUGUCAGAGUGUAAUAAGAGACAAUAUCGCACUGUUAAAAGCACAGGGAAACACACACUCCACACACACACACACACACACACACACACUGACAUAACUGACACUUGCAAAGUGUCUUUUUAUUUGGUUUAGAGGUUCCUACGCACCCACACACAAACACACACCUGCGCUGGAACCAAACAGGGGGGAGAUGAAGCUCCAUCAUGGCGCCAUGACCAGAAAAAACCUCCCCAGCAGCACUCAGCAGACUGUGCUGUGGUGCAGCUCAGAUGCGUUUUGUUGUUGUGUGUAGGAGGUUGAUACAC